UCAACAACCGUCGCCAUGGGUCUGAUCGAGGCAGUGUAUAUAUUCAAUGAGCGCAAGUACAGUAAACCCCUCCACCCUCACCGUCGCCAUCUUCCUGCUGACUCUAUCUACAGCAAUGCCAUCGUAACCCAUACUUUCACUGCACGUCCACCACCCGCUACUACUCUACUACCGCUUUAUCUUGCCCACUCGGAACCGAGACCGUCAUGUAUCUAUCUUACAGGAACCAAUCCGCCGACGCUACUGUUCUCCAUGCUACAGGAUGGCCUGUUGUUCAUGAGUCCCUGCUCGACCGAUACCGAACCUCUCGUCGUCCUUGAGUUCUUGCAUCGCGUCGCUGAUGCACUUGAAGAGUUUCUGGGUGCGCCUUUGUUGGCUAGUAAACUGGAAGCCAACUACGAUGUCAUAGCCCAGGUUCUGAGUGAGAUGUGCGACGGAGGUUUGAUCGGUGGUACCGAAGCCAAUGCUCUCAGAGACGUUGUGGAUACACCCUCUUGGAUGGGCAAGUUGCUGGGUGGUGUAGGGCUACCUGGUACUUCUCCCGCCUUGAACGCUGGUCCGACACCAUUCUCUGGUAUGGGAAGUGGUGGCAGUGGAAGCCUGGCUCCUACGCUAUCAACAGCUGGCUCUCAGAUUCCCUGGCGUCGCUCUAAUGUCCGCCAUACAAGCAAUGAGAUGUAUGUCGACAUUGUCGAGACCCUGUCCGUCACCUAUGCUCCUUCAGGCCGUCCUUUGGCCGCCUUUGCCAACGGCAGUAUUGCCUUUACCAGCAAAGUCUCUGGCGUACCCGACUUACUGCUGAGCUUACGCGCUGGCAGCGGACCGGGUGCUGACAAGGUCAAGCGCACCAUGGAACGUCCAGUCUUCCACCCAUGCGUACGGCUCGCCCGCUGGCGAGACCACGCAGAACUCAGUUUCGUGCCUCCAGAUGGCCGCUUCGUACUUGCUGGCUACGACGUUGAUUUACUAGAUCCCUCAGCCUCGCCUCUAUCUGCCAAAGCCCAAGAUUUGAAUCUGCCUGCUUCGAUAGAGAUACGCACAGGACUAGGUGCCACAGGCUCAGACUUUGAAGUCCGUCUCACAGUCAGCCAUCGCUUUUACACAGGCAGUGGCUCUUCAGGUGUAUCCUCAAGCUCAGGAGCAGGUUCCGCUGCAGCAACAAGUCUAUCGAAUAACCUAGGUACUCCACGCCCAUCAACUCUGCGCGGCAACUCUGGCGAAGCAAAAGCACCGCUCCUCGAAGAUUUGACCGUUAGUAUCCCUAUCACCGCCGCUGUGCGCAACAUCAGCGACUUGCGCGCCACAAAGGGCGAAGCACAUUGGAGCCCCGGCGACGCAUCCAUCGAAUGGAAGAUUUCCGCAAAAGAAGCUGCAGGCAUCAGCAGUGCAGGUUGCGUGUUACGUUGUUCAGUCGUCGGCGCCUCCUCCGAUGAAGAAGACCGCACUCUCUCCAACGGCUUGAAAACCAAUACCCACGACUACACUGACGACNGACGACGAAUACCAAACCACCACAUCCAAAACCAACGACGCAAACUCUGCAGCAAAAGACAAGAAGAAAUCGAGANNCAGAACGCGGUGCUCAUGCCUGGAUCUGCCAGUCUGAGUUUUGGCGUCAAGGGAUGGUUGGCUAGUGGGUUGAAGGUAGACAGCUUGGUUAUCGAUACCAAGAGGAGUAAAGGGUUGGGUGAGGGCGUGAGGCCGUACAAGGGUGUCAAGUAUCUGACUGUGUCGAGGAAGGGUGUUGAGGUUAGAUGUUAG